UUGAAUAGUAGAUACACGGUCUUCGUUUUUACGAGCAAAAAAAUUCAAUUAUCGUAAAAUGAUGUAAAAAAUAAUUCAAAAUUUAUAUUAGUGGUAUCAAAGUUAAGUAUGGCAUAGCUUUAGUCGCAGAUUAGGCACCCAGCGGUGGUGUCGAAUACAGUGAAGAAAAAAUAAACAAAAAAAAAAUGAAGGGAUUAUUAAUACAAGUCAUUUCUGGGAUAAUACUGGGUUUAGGCUGCAUGGGUUUUGGCGUCUCCUUCGCAUGGCCGUCAACAACUCUCCUCCUAUUCAAAUCAGAGAACACGACGUUAAACCGACCGAUGUCUGAAAGCGAAGCUGCUCUAUUUGGCAGCUUGUCUUCGGUGGGGGGGAUGAUCGGGAACCCUUUGAUGGCCGUGCUGUUGGGGAGGUUGGGGAGGAAGUAUAGCGCUAUAUUGUCAACAUGUGUGGGAUUGAUCGCCUGGACUUUGGUAGUAUUUUCUAGUACUGUAGAAGUCAUCUUAACAGCUAUCUUCUUGUUCGGUGUGAGUGGUUCUGUUAUGCUGGUAGUUCCUGUAUACAUCUCAGAGUUCUGCCAGGAGAACAUAAGAGGCAUAAUGACGUCAUUAUUCGUGGUUUUCAAUGGAUUAGGAAUGCUGGUAUCUAUAUUGUUGGGAAGCAUUUUGAGUUACCACACUAUGACUUAUGUGUUCCUGGUAAUGUCGGGCGCUGGUGUCGUUCUUUUAUCGAUUUUGAAGGAAUCACCUGUCGUGUUUAUGCAGAAGGGAAAAGAAGAGGAAGCCAAGAAAUCCGUAGCAUACUACAGAAGCUGGGAUCCUAACUCAAAGGAAGUUAUGCAAGAGAUAGAAAAGAUAAAACGCGCUCUCAAUCCUGAUUUAGAUGAAGACAAAUCAAUUUUUCAAUCGCCGGAGGAAGAGAAAUUGAAUCCCGAAAACCCGUCAAUACCGCAGAAACCGCUUACUUUUAUGGAAUUAUUAAGGAAGUCCCGCUCCACCCGCCGCGCCAUGGUGGUCCUCUUGGUCCUCAUAACCGCCGCCAUCUUCCAAGGGCUGGUCGUGGUGGUGGUAUACGCAAUACCCCUGUUUUCUCAAGUCGUACCAGCAGAUGUCAUGUCGCCAGCGCUAUGCAGUGUGCUACUCUGUGGCAUUAACGUGGUGUCAUCACUUCUAGGAGGAUUCUUGACGGACAAGGCUGGAAGACGGAUGUUAAUCAUCGUAGCCUCUUUCCUGACGGGCACCUUUUGCGUCAUAAUCGGGAUUCUCAUCAUAUCGGAGUGGGGUCCAAAAUGGCUGAUCGCUGUCUUCAUAUACCUAUAUAGUAUUAGUUACACGGUGGGAGCCGGUACGGUUCCAUUUGUUAUGAUGGCCGAGGUGCUUUUGCCUGAGGUAAAAGGCUAUAUAACCAUGUUGAUAAUGGAAUGGGCUUGGCUCUGCAACUUCGCUCUGCUGUACGUCUUCCAGUCUAUCGUCGCCAGAUACGGCAUUGGGCCAGUCUUCUUCGUCUUCGCUGCAAUUAGCUUCCUCACCUCAGGAUACAGCAUAUUCUUCGUCCCGGAGACCAAAGGAUUAAGUGUGAAUGUCAUACAAACGCUGUUCUUGAAGAAACGGAGAGAUUUAGAAACAGAGCAAUGAAUAUUGCCCCGUCUUAUCUAGGAAUAUUAUAGGACUUAACUAGGUAUAUCAUAGUUUAUUAAAUGUUUACGUUUUUACAGUAAUUUUGUUAAUAAAUUCCCUAAAUACACUAAUCCAUGAUAUAUACUAAAUAAUUAAAAAAUAUAUAUUCUUUUUUAAUUUUUUGCAAUAUUUCAGUUCGAAAUUUUUAGUACCUAGCUACAUAAAGUGUUAUGUGAAAUCCAUUAAUUUUUCUUUCUUGUUGACCGAGCUUGAUAGGUAUAUGAUGGAAUCGAAUAAUACUACAGUUUACUUCCAAGUUAUAUUUUCUACACUACACUUUUUCAUUCUCUUUUUCUGUUUCUAUCUCUUUCGCACUUCUCAUCUCUAAUUCAGCUUUCUUCUCCUUUUUCGUCUUCAAAUCGUUCUGUAUCUCCUCUACAGAUCUGAGUUUAGUUUCUGGGAAUACCAGGAUAACAUAAAGGGCAGCUAGUAGACACACCGCUGCGAAGAAGUAGAAAGAUACGUGAAUGCCAAUGGCAUUUGCUAGUGGCUUGAAGAA